AUGCUGCCAUCAGGACGUGCACGUCGUGCGUCUGAGCCUCCACCAGCAGCGAAACCCCUUGAUCCGCCGCCCGUUACUUUCUUCCAGCGAUUGCAGCGUCUGCCUGGAGAACUGCAGCUCUGCAUCUUCGAUCACCUUGGAUACCAGGAUGCCAUCCGCUUGUCACAGGUCGACCGGUGGUUUCAGCACCGAGUCAAGCCGCAGACAUGGCCGCAUAGGGAGAAGGCAGAUUUUGUGUGGAUACAAGGCCCAAUUCUGGACAAAGCAUAA